AUGCAAGUUCAUCUUCUCACACCAAAGAAAAAGCACAGAGUUAGGCCUUCCAACUGGAGAGUGCCAAAGAGCAAGUCUUUUGUACAAGGGAGAGGUAAGGGAGUUGAGAGAGUGAGAAGGGAGAAUGAUAGCAGAGAUGUGCAGGUCAGUGAGUCAGAGAGUGAUGAUAGUGAGGAUGAUGAUUAUGUACUUUCUGAUGAUGAUGAAGAUGAUGAGCAUGUGAGUGACCUAGACUUCAUUGAAGAUGAGGAUGAUAAUGUUUUAGAUGACGUUGAAGAGUUGAGAGAAAAAAAGUUUGAAGAUUAUUUAGAUGGGAGUCACAAGUUGGAUAAGUUGUAUAAAAAUGGGAAAAUUUGGGCAGGAGUAGAGUUUGGUUCUAUAGUUUUAGAGCCAUGGUUGAUUUUUGAGAACAAGGCUCAAUUUCUAGAAGUAUUUAGGGAUUUCUGCAUUCAAGAAGGGUUUGCAGUGACUGUGGACAGAGCUGAUAGCUGGAGAUACACAGCAAGGUGUGUGGUUGAGACUUGCAACUGGAGGAUACAUGCUACUGUUUUGGUUGACAAUGUCAAUUGGGCCAUUAAAACUCUAACUGGGGAGCACAAUACAUGUGGAAGAUUGGAAGACAAUCCCAUGGUUUCAACUGAAUGGUUAUGUAGACAUCUAUUGCAAGAUCUUGAGGCAAAUCCUGAGAUCCCUGUAGAGUCACUACAAAAGAUUUGCGUGGAAAGAUUUAGGUUGAAUGUGAAGAAAAGGUUGUUCUACAAGGUCAAGGCAGUUUCUAGGGUUCAAAUGCAUGGUGGGUUUGCUGAGAGCUAUGCCUUACUGCCUAGAUAUGCUGAGAUAAUUAAGGCCACAAACCCAGGCUCUUAUGCAAUCAUAACAUGGACAGCAAACACUGGCAACCAAGCACCUCAGUUCAAAGCUUGCUUUUUUUCCUUUGCUGCAUCUGUCAAAGGAUUUCUUGGUGGGUGUAGGCCCAUAAUUGGGAUGGAUUGA